UUCUACAAUUGGAUAACCCAUCUAAUAUUGGCAUCACUCUUCGUCCUGUGUAAUUCAUGUCUUAAACUAGUCCAUCCAGACAGUGUGUGUGAGUGUGGCCACUGAAGACUACCCCCUAAAGUGACACGUGUUAGGCCAAUCCAAAUCCCUUUCAGCCUCCAUAAACAUCAAUUAUUUGAUAAUGGGGGCGGUGACGUCGUCUAUGGCGGCCAAGUUCGCUUUCUUCCCCCCCAAUCCGCCGUCGUACGGAGUGGGUGCGGAUGACGUCACGGGGAAGCUGAAGAUGACGGGGGUGGCCACUAGGGAAAACGUCGACGUAUUGAAGCUUUGCACGAGACGAGGGAACAGCGUGGUGGCCAUGUACAUUAGAAACCCUUCCGCGUCGUUGACCAUGCUCUAUUCCCACGGCAACGCCGCCGAUCUGGGUCAGCUCUACGACUUGUUCUCCCAACUCAGUCUCCACCUCCGACUCAAUCUCCUAUGUUAUGACUAUUCUGGGUAUGGCCAGUCUUCUGGGAAGCCUAGUGAGCAGAACACGUAUGCAGACAUAGAAGCUGCUUAUAAAUGCCUGGUAGAAAUGUAUGGGGCGAAAGAGGAAGACAUUAUUCUGUAUGGCCAAUCUGUCGGUAGUGGACCCACUACAGAUUUGGCUACUCGUUUACCAAACCUUAGGGCUGUCAUUCUCCACAGUCCCAUCUUAUCUGGUCUUCGAGUCAUUUAUCCUGUCAAGAAGACAUACUGGUUUGACAUUUAUAAGAACAUUGAUAAAAUUCCCUUGGUCAAUUGUCCAGUUCUGGUAAUUCAUGGAACAGCUGAUGAUGUAGUAGAUUACUCCCACGGGAAGCAACUUUGGGAACAUUGCAAACAAAAGUAUGAACCCCUAUGGAUUAAAGGAGGAAAUCAUUGUAACCUGGAGCUUUACCCUCAAUACAUAAAGCACCUCAAGAAAUUUAUCACAGCUAUUGAGACGUCAUCGCAUAAAAAAACUGGAUCUGGACCUGUUCCUGAUCAACUGGACAGACCAAGGAAUAGCACAGAUUUUAGAGAGAAACCUAGACUCAGCAUGGAUCUAAGGGAGACUUUGAGACGAAGUAUUGACUUCAAAGAAAAGCCUAGGACAAGCACAGACCAUAAAGAAAAGUCAAGAGCUGGCCCAGAUAAGAAAGAUAAAUCAAGAAAGAGUGUAGAUCGCUCUGAGAAAGCAUGCAAUGGAGCAGAAAUUCCUGAGAAAGCUAGAAAUAGCAUUGACCGUUUUGGGGACAUGGUGAGAUCAGUUGGAUUGUGCAAUAUUGGUUGUUUCAGGCCCAGUGCAACUCAUGCAAAAAGAUGACACUAUGACAAAAGCUUACACGUGGAGAUUUUAUUCUUAUUAUUUGAUUUGUUGAUGGGUGAUAGGAAAAUGUUCAGUUGUGUACGGUUUAUUUUCUAACGUAGUAGAUGAAAAAGUAAUUAACAAGGUAGAUUAUGUGCUACUAAAUCUUCUUUUGGUUGAUAAUCUAACCUGUUUUUAACAUGCUAGCAUUAACCGAGAUAGUGAGUUCAAUUCGCUAGGGUUGUGUUGCUAUAUGAACAAGCACUUCUCUCAUAAAAAGUCUUUACAGUUCUGCAUUGUUAGAUGAUUUCAUACAUAGAGAAACUCGACUUGUGAGUUGUGACUGAGAACAUCUACAUUUGUUAGUGAUGAUCACUUUCCACUC